AUGAUUGAAAGAUAUCCAAAUACACUCAGAUGCCCAUGUUCCAGGAUUGGUAUUGCUUAUGAAACAUUUGUACGUACUCAUGUUAAUUUUCAUCAAGUAUGUUUAAGUACAUUUGUAACACAAACAUGGAUAAAUUCAUUAUUUUUACAAAGCAAUAACUCAUCUUCAGCUUCAUAUGAUAUUCGAUAUUAUCUUAGAUAUUUUUGGGAAGUUAUAGCUGGCUUUUGUUUUUUGAGCAAUAGUACAUGGAUAGAUGCUGUGACAAGUUUUGGUGCGCUACGCAUUGUUAGUCCAAUAGCUGUUGUUGGAGAAAAUCUUCGAAGUCAAGCUCAAGCGACACUUGAUAAUUCUAUGUUAAUGGCUCAAAGUGUACUAGUUCGUAAUUUAAUUGCUCUUCGAGGUAUAAUUGCUGGAAACCAGUUCGUAUCUGGUUUGACAACAAAUUUUUACGCAAGUUAUCCACCGUCAAGUUUCAGUAAUGAAGGCACUCUAAAAAUGUUCCCAAGAACAUACAAUAAUUGCUCUUGCUUGAAUUUUUUUGGUUGUCCACAUCCAAUUAUCGUCACUACUAGUACUCAUCAAUUGAUUACAAUACCUGGUAUGAUUGGCGACUGUUUUAUUGUUGAUGCUACACUAGCCUCAACACUUGAAUGCUACUAUAAUUCAACAUGUUUUGCUCUAUUGCAUGGAGAAUCAAUAAAGAUGGCACGUGAUCAUACGCGAAAUUUUCUAAGUACAAUUGUUCGAAAAAUGAUCGCGUUGAAUUUUUUCAAAACAAAUGGAUUGCAAACACCAAUGAAUAUACGUCGACAACAAAUUUUAACACGAUUCUUCAUUCUGAUACUUGUUUCGUGCUCAAUUACUGUUGGAUUAUAUAUAUUUCUCUCUGACCAAGACCAACUUGUCACUGUUGAAUAUCCAUCUCUAGUUAAAUAUGAGUCAUUAUAUGAACAACAUUCAUCAACUCUUUUAUGUCUUUGCUCACAAAUAUCUGUUCCAUAUGAUAGAUUUCUUAAUGUAACAUUUGUAUUACAUCAAAUAUGUACAAGUAGUUUAGUUUCAUCAAUGUGGCUUGAUUAUCUGGUACUUGUUAAUAUAAAUCGUAUACCGAUAUGGACAGAAACCGACUUCUCGCGUGAUUUCCGUACUUUUGGUGCAUCGUAUUUUAAAUUUUUGGCUACGUAUUGCCAUCUUGCUCAAAUCAAUAUUGAAGAUGCAAAGCAUAUGUUCUUAUCUACACAAUUCAUUAAUAAUUAUCUACCGUCUCAAUUAUUUUUUCUUCAACAAGUUCAACAUAUUUCUGAAUCAUUCAUCGCUAAAACACGUCAUGAAUUUUCACGCACAUUAAACUGGACUCAGACUGCUACCAUGAUUAGUCAAUUUUUGACAGGUGCAAAUACUAAUUUUCGCAUAACAGUCAAUAAUGAUGGUCGAGUUAUAAUUAAUGAUGUCACGUUUAGGAUAGUAACACAAAUAACUCAUAACUCUUUAUUGAGUACUGGAAGAUGCUCAUGUGGAUUCGACGGCAGAGUAUGUUUUUUGAUACCUAUUAUUUAUACAAAUGGAUCAGGUGUAUCUGAAUUUUUACAAGUAUUUUAUGAAUUAAAGAUUGGUUGCAUACCUAUGUUUGGACUUUUCUGUAUUCUUAGCAUACUGAUGUUUUACUCGUCUAUUAUCGGUCGUGUUAUUCGUAAAACAUAUUUACAACCAUCGAUUGAAGACUAUGAACAUUUACUGAAUCUUCAUCCUGAUGGAGUCGACUGUCCUUGUACAAGAAUAUCAAUUCCUUACAAUACAUUUGUGAUUCAACUUGAAGUCAAAUCAUAUCAUCAGGCAUGCACUACUGAUGUAAUUGAACAAACUUUGAUCAUGGGUAGUAUUUUUGAGCCUUCAACUACAUACACCAAUAGGGUCGAUUUUCAAUCAUGGCGAUUUUCUUUCGUCGACGGUCUACAGAGAUUAUGUCGCUUAGCAGAAGAUAGUAUUACCAAUGAUAUUCAAGCAUUUUUAGCUUCAACUAUGCUGGUAUAUCAGUUAAUACCACGUACUCAAUUCGAUAGCGAAAUGAAUGUCACAUUGAAUCGAGUGAAACUAGCAACACCUGUCGCAUUCACUCGAAUAUUGGAUCUACUUCGUUUAACUAUUCAUGGUAAUGCAUUGAUCGAUGUAUUUUCAUUGAGUUGGAACAUGGUCAUGGCUGAAAAUAGUCAAGAUACGAAUGUUUCAUUUGUUAGUAUAUCUACAAAUCAAUAUACAAAAUGUUCUUGUAUCACUGAACGAUCUUGUUCGAUGGCAGCUCAAUUAUUUCUUCCUAAUGAUACAAGCUACUAUACAUUCCAAGACGAUCAAACAUUAGAACGUGACUAUGGUUUACAAGAACAUUCAACUGGUCUUCCACCAGCUAUUAUUGCUAUUAUUGUCAUUAGUGCGAUUCUUUGUUUCGCUGCAUGUUUAAGUUGUUGCAUACGUUCUCAACAACAUCAACGUGCUCCUGUUGAUUACGUUAAUUCGGAUCAUACAACUAUUGCUAAUCCCUAUCAACUACAAGAUGUUCGAAGUCCAGCACGAAUCGUACUUGUGCGACCUAUUAAUAAUGUUGGUGCUGCACCGCACUCUCAAGUACUUCCUAGUAUAUACGAAGGUCCACCUCCAUCUUAUGACGUAGCAACUGGCAGUCUUUCAUCACUACCUCCACCGUUCACAGCACGUGUUCAAUAA